AUGCCCACGAAGCAUCUGCUUUCGCUCAGUGGCCAUUUGCGCCGUGAGUUCACGGCUGCAAACUCUCUUAUCAGAACAGCGCGAUUCUGGAGCGGGAUCGCCAAGGUGGUCCUUGCUUUGGGCUUGUCGAGAUGGCUGCGAUCAUUGCUGCGCCAUUUCUGGUGGCAUCGUGGUAUGUUCGUGAUGCUGCGAGCAUCCACUUUGGUCAAUCUUCGCCGAAUGUGGGGCAAUCGCCAAAGAUACCACGUCAUGCUGUACGAACACGAAGAGCUUGAAGAGGAGUAUGCGGUUUGGUGGCCAGAGAGAGCUUCCGAGCCAGCUUCUCCGCAGAGGCUUUGGAUCUUGGUUCCAGGCGGAAUGAGUGAUGGGGACUCCGUUGCAGGAUACUUCGAUGAGCUUCUUCAAAGCGGUGUCGUCGACAAAGCCAACGAAGACUGGUGCCUGUUUCACAAUGCUGGCACAGGCGGAGCCGAAUGGCGAAAGCAGACCUACGUGGGCCUGUCUGAUCCGGCAUUCCUAUUGGACUACCUCCAGCGCCUGGGAGCGUACCGCCGCGAUGAGCACACGAAGCACGAGUGUCCUUACAGAGAGAUUGUCAUUCUGGGCUUCUCCGUCGGUGGCAUGCUGACCUUAGCCACGGCCGACAAGAUCUUCAAUGCAAAAGUCUACCAUGCAAAACCGCCAGCUCCGCAGGAGGCGCUGCAGAAGCCGACUCUUCUCGCGGGACGAGCGCAACCAGCCAGCUUGUCCAAGGACGGGCACUGCUCCGUCAAAGACGGACAGCAGUGGAGCAGUGGAGAACGGGUUGCGAGACGCUGCACAAAGGAAGUGCAUCCUUGUCGCCUCAGAUUCGUUUCCGUGCACAGCCCCGACCACUUGCGAAACACGUUCGAAGCGAUGACAAAGUGGUCUUGGUUCGCUCGCUUGGAUAUUCCCCUGGCGCUGCAUUUCUGGGCAGUCAACUUGCGAAAUCGCUUGAUCUUCAAGUGUCCCGAAG